CAUGGCGACGCGAACAAACCACAUGUGUCUUGCUGGAAAGCACGCGUAGAUGGCCCUUUACACUGUGUCGUCUGUGUACCUAGCUGGAAAACAGCUCAUGUAUUGUAGGCCACGUUUAAAAGCGAUUAUAUAUAUAAUUUUUAAUAUUAACAAAUAUGCCUCGACUACCUUUACAUCCUUCAUCUGGGACAGGUAUUAUUACGCCAUUCGGUAAGGCGAUACGUCUAGUUCGUUAUGGGUGCACUAAUAGACCGUUUUAUCAUAUCGUCGUAAUGGAUACAAAAUUGACACAGAGAAAACCACCAAUAGAGCAAAUCGGCGUCUACGAUCCGCUACCAAAUGUACACAAUGAAAAAUUAGUGUCCUUCAAUUAUGAAAGAAUACAAUAUUGGAUCGCCAAAGGUGCACAAGUGUCUACACCCGUUGCAGAUUUAUUAGGACUAGCUGGAUAUUUACCUAUACAUCCAAGAACAUAUAUGAGAGCGUGGAGAAAUCGUAAAACUUUAGAGGAAAGUAAGAACGCUAAAAAACAUGUGUGUUAAGAAGAAGCAAUUGUAUUUAGUAUCUAACAUAUAAUUAUUAUGUAAUAAGCAUUUGUUUUGUUUGACAUUCACAAUUUAUCAAUAAAAUUAUUAAAUAAUCAUUUUAAAAAA